AUGGAGUCCAAGGACACGUUUCGUGAUCUGCAGUUUGAUGGCCGCCCAUCAGGCUAUAGGGACUUCAGGAGAAAAACAAUUUUGGCCGUUGCAGGCCAGGAGAACAAGUUGGCUCACCUUGCCGGGCCAAGAUUGCUACAGCGUCUCCAAGGCGAAGCUUGGAGGGCGACUGAACAUUUGCAAGUCGCUGAACUGAGAAAGCCUGAUGGUUGGUUAGAAGUUAUCCAUGCCCUAGACAAGCACUACCGUUUUCUGCCUGAAACUGAGCUCCACGAAGCCGUUGAGGAGUUCCUUUUUGGAAUGAAGCGUAAGUCUGGGGAAGGUGCAACUUCAUUCAGUUCGCGUUUCAGAACUCAGCUGUCCCGUGUGCAGUCACUGAUAGCCCAAGAGCGUGAGAUGACAAAAUCAAAGAGACGUGGAAAGAAGGGAAAACGUUCCCGAGAGCUCACCAAUGCAGUAGAGCCUGAAAGCAGCCUAGAAGAAUCCGCAGUUUCAGAUGUUCCAAGACAAGCCGAAAGACCUAGGUCCCCAUCUGCAACUGGAGAUGAGACUUCAGCACAUGCUGCUGAGCCUGCUAGAGCUUCUGCUUCAGCCCAACCUGAAGCUGGUCGUGAAACAAGUGAUCCUGAUGCCGAACAUGAGCCGAGCGUGCAUUCAGUUCGCUCGCGUGUGCCUUCCUCUCAAGGUUCCAAGCGGAAAAGUGAACAGGGGUCAAGGGUUUCCAAGACUUCCCGGGGUACCCACAAAGCUGAUAGAGAACGAGAAGAUCGAAAGAUGCUGGAAAUGUUGGGUUCACUGGAAUGUGGUCAUUUACGACCCAAGCCCAUUUUCCCACAAGCAAUUCUUGGUCACCUUUACAUGAGGAAGUUUGGUAUGAAUCGAGAACAACGUGCUCAUAUCAUCAGGUCUACAAAUGGUUCCUCUCGUUUGGAUGAUGUUGAACGUAUCAUUCGAGCUUCAGACUUGGAGGAGUUUAGAAAUGAUGACCGUAGAAGGAAUGAUGAUCGAAAGCCUUUCAAACAGCCUAGAAGGGAUGCCUAUGCAGUUCAAUCGGAACCCCAACAUGCAAUGCUUGCGGAUGAUGGGAAUUCUUCUUCUAGCCUGGGUGAAGUUUUCGAUGAUGAAUCAGAGUCUGAAGAUGCUUACGUAGCAGCGGGAGAUGAAGAUGGUGAUACCGAACAAGAACUACAAGAAGUUUAUGAAAUUCAGAGAAAAGCCAAGAAAGAUUUCCGUAAGAGCUACAAAACCUAUAAGGAGUCCAGAAAGAAGGUGAGAGAAAUCAAGAAAAGCCGCACUCCUUACCUUCCAGUUGUGGCUAUCAACCAGCCAUCCGAUGCGCAAGCUUCAGGCCAAGCACCUGUCCUGAGGCAAACCUUUGGCUAUGACAAGAAGACAACUGGAGGCAAAGCUCAGCCCAAACGGAAAUCAGAUUCAAAAUUUGCUGGAAAGAAGGAAGAAGCUAAUUUAGCCACUACCACCGUGGUUGAACAGUUUUCCUACAUGGUUUCCUCCAACGACAUGAUUGAUGAUGAUGUUUGGUUGACAACAGUUCCUGAGGGAUAUGCCAUUUUGGAUACUGGUUGCACUACAUCCAUAGUUGGUAACGAGACUGCCGAGAGCCUCAGCAAGUUCAUGAGUUCCCAUGGAUGGCCCUUGCCGGUUUCAUGCAGCCUGCCGCCUGUUGAACUGAAAGGUUUUAAUGGCACCAAAGUGGAAUCAACUAAUGGUUUGCGUUGGAAUGUGAAACUGGGAAACCUAUGGGGAACAAUAACAACAUAUGUGGUACCUGGUUCUGCACCCUUUUUGCUGUCGCGCAGAGCUUUGGAGGGAAUGCAAGCUCGCUUGGACUUGGGCAGUUUGACCAUUACGUCCGAGAAGCAUGGCAUGUUUGAUGCACCUUUGAGACAGGCCUCCAACGGUCACCUUUUGUUGCCCCUCAUUCAUGUGCCGCCUGAGCUGACCACCUCCACUGGUGACGAUGCCGCAGCCUCCAGCAUUUCAGAAGAACAAGAGCCCAAUGACGCAUGCCCAGAGAACUUUGCUGUUGCCUGUGAGGACCCGCCAGCACCAGUUUUCACGGGUAAGGCACCUUUGGCCGAUCGUGUGGAACAAUGUGGAUCCACGUGCAUUCGAAUAGGCUUGGACUAUGGACAAGACUUAAAUCAACAUAGCCAUCGGCGCAAGUUGCUGUUGUUGAUUGCGUUUUGCCAGCCAACAGAUGUUUGGAUCAGUUUCCCAUGUGGUUGCUGGGGUCCAUGGAGCCGCAUGAAUAUGCACAAAGAUCCUGGUCUCGCACAGUCCACACUUGAUGCCAGACGGGUUGCCCGCCGACACCUGUCUAUAGUGCCUGAAAUAUGGAAUCUUCAGCAGUCCCUUGGUGGGUUCACUCACAUAGAAAAUCCACUGACUUCCGAUGCCUGGAAGGAGUUUCAGUUGCACAUGGCCUAUGAUGUUCGCAUUGACCAAUGCAGCCUUGGUUUGCGAUGCCCUAGGACUAAGAAGCCCAUUCUUAAGCCCACUCGCAUUGUAACUUCCUGCAAGGAAAUGGCCACCCGGCUUUCCACAUGCCGAUGUGACCGACGCCAUGAGCAUGCCCACUUAGAAGGUAGUUAUAAAGGUAAACCUUUAACCUCCUAUGCUGAAACCUAUCCACGCAAGAUGUGCCGAGUGAUUGCUGAAGUGAUGACCGCACCAAACCGCGUGCCGUCAAAGCCAGAAGAUGUUUUUGCCAGCCUGGACGACCUAGACAUAGAGCAAGAUGCCAUGUCUGAUGCUGCCGGUGCCGAACCAGGUGCCGAACUUGCCAAUCCGGCGGAACCGCCAGUGCCGCAGCAGAGGAUUCAAUCCAUGUUGCGAAAGUUGCAUGUCAACACAGGACAUUCGUCCAUACAGCAGAUGCUACGACUUGCCAAUCGUUGCCAAGUUUCAGAUGAAGUCAAACAGGAAAUCAAAAAGUUUAAAUGUGACAUCUGCGAUGAGCACAAGGUUCCACCGACACAUCGUCAGUCUGCCGUCCCACAUGCAGAGCAGCCGAACCACAUAGUCGGCAUUGACUUUGUGCAAGUUGAGUUAAAGCAUGUUAAUGACCAAGGGGAUACAGUUGAGGAUAAGUACAAUGUGCUAACAUGUGUUGACUUAGCCACGGACUUCGCCCAACAAAUCAUAGUCCCUAAGGGUAGUUACCAGCUUUCCAAAGCCUUCCACAAUGUUUGGACUCGACCGUAUGGCGCACCAAAAAUCAUCUACACAGAUCCAGACAGUGCCACGAUGUCAAAAGACUUUGAACACUACAUGCUCAACCAUGACAUCAAGCUGCUGCACUGUGGAGCCGAAAGCCACUGGCAAUUAGGUAUGUUGAAUGAUGUUGAAGAACAGCGGAACUUCCCAAUGCAAUCCCAAAUCUUAGCCGAACCAGAGUUUCAAGCUCGUGUCCAGUUGCGGGAAAAUGCAGCUCGUGCCUUCCUGGAAGAACAUGCCAAAGAGUUAGAGGAUGAUGUCCUGCGUGAGUCCAGACCCUUGGAAGAUCCUGAUGAAGAGGGCGGUCCACAUAGCUUAGCUGGUCAUCAAGAUGAAGAACCACCCGCAAAACGUAGAGCAGUUCUUGAUGGCAUCCCAGAAGAAAAUAUGGAACAAGAUAGGCUAAGCAAUGAGUAUGAACCUGGUACUCCAGUUCCUUCAGAACAAAUGGAUCCACCUGAUGAAACGAUGGAUCAGCCAACUGAAGUCAUGGAGCCUGCAGCAGAAGCCAUAGAUGAUGCCUCUCCAGAGGAGUUUGCACCCGGACUUUCCGUGUCGCCGGAUGUUCCAACCAAUGAUGAUCAAUCCAGUCUUGAACAAACCUUGCAGCAAGCUGUUGAACAACCUGUUCCAACGGAUGAUGAGCUGAUGGUUGAAACAACUGCUGGUCAAGCCAAGCUCAAAGAAAGUGUGCUUGAGGUUUCGCUUGAUGUCAACCGCGACGACAUCACCGCAGGACCACUCUCCGAAGAUGAGAUGGGCAUUGCGGGCGGCCUACUUGCCCGUGCCGUACACCAUGGCCAGCAGCAGCAGCUAGCCCUGAGGAUCAUGAGAUCCGUUGGUGGAAAAUCGAUGUCUGUGGCAGCCGGAUGUUUUCUGGAAGGUGUGCAAAGUGGCCUGUAUGGAGCUAUGUCUGACGGAGCCAAGCGUCAGAGGGAUGAAGAAUCCGAAUGGGGUCUUCUCACAGAAGGAGCUGAUAGCCCCACCACUGCAUACUAUGCCAGCGCUGAGAAUCCGUGCCCACCGAUGCCGAGCGGCAGCCAUGUGACUGGAACUCCUAUGCCAGGAGACAAUUUGGUUCUCAUUCUCCGCAAUGGAGAAGAUCUCAAAGUGCCGAUUCCGAGCGAUGUUCUCUCUGUGGGAGAAUGGUCCAAGACAGUGAUCACCUUGCCGAAGCUUGCAGACUUGGGCAUCACCUAUGCAGAGUUCAUCGUCAAGGCCGAGGGAGAUAAGGACUUGUCUCAGUAUGGAGAGUUCAUGCUGGCGAACUUCGGACCGUAUGCCAAGACCCAGAAGGCCAAAGGUCAUACCCAAGGAGUUGACUUUGCCCACUUCCUUGCCCGGGUGAAGUUCCAUGGAUCUGGCACUACUCAGGGCACUUUCCGCCGUGUGCUCCGAGAAUGA